AUGGUCCCUGCGCCUCCGGUUCCUACUACGGCUCCGGCUCCGUCACAUCUUCAGACUACCCACGUCCAGCAACAGCAGCAACAGCCAGGUCAAGUGCAUCCGCCUUCGUCACCCGCUAAUCCAAGGAAGCGUCGAGCCUCCAUCCAACAGCCGGGCUCCUUAUCAAACAUGAGACCUCCAAUGACUGGAUCUAAUACUACUGAUCAGGAUGGCACUACGACUAGUACCGCUCCUGCACCCGCUCCAGAGGCAGGUGUGAAGAAGAAAGGCCGCACCAAUACACCUUGGACCGCAGAGGAGGAGCAAAGGCUCAAAACGAUGAGAGAUGCUGGCAAUACAUGGAGCGAGAUUGCUAAGACGUUCCCUACCAGAACUGAAGGUAGCGUCAAAAAGCAUUGGUAUAAAGACAUGCACUAUGCGGAAUUUGCAGAAGACGAGUCCAUAGCUCUACGGGAUGCAAUCAAGGAGUAUGAAUCCAAUAAGUGGAAGGUCAUUGGACAGAAAGUUGGGAAACCAGCGAAGGCCUGUGAGCAAUAUGCCAAGGAACAUUUCAAGAACCUAUAA